UUUUCUUUUUAGUUUGUUAGUUGACCCCAUUGGUAGGGACUGGAGGGAAUUGUUGUUUCUUGACUUAAUUUUGUCUCCAAAAGACACCUCUUGUCGGAGUUCUCCGGAUAUUAGUAUCGAUCUUGCGGAAUUCUGAAAAUUUUUGAGAGAGACGACGUUUUUGUUCAGUCAAACAACGGAAAUUUGACGUUAAACGACCAAAUUAAUGGAUUAAAGAAGACUUCUAAUUUUUCUGCACCCACGAUAUUUCAGGCAAAACCAAACAUGGGCGAAAAACUCGACAUGGAAGAGAAACGGCCCGACGAGUCGGGUUCCAAAUUUUACGUGAUAGUUCUGACCAUGUUUGCCACCAUUGGAGGACUAUUAUUCGGAUACGACACUGGAAUUAUUUCCGGAUCCAUGCUUCUCAUUCGAGACGACUUUCAGUUGUCGGAAAUAUGGCAGAGUGCGAUCGUGAGCUCCACAAUUGGCGCCGCCGCCGUUUUUUCCCUAAUUGCUGGCGUCCUGGUGGACAAGAUUGGCAGAAAGAAGGUCAUCAUGAUGGCUAGCUUCAUCUUCACCGCCGGAGCCAUACUAAUGGCGGUCUCUCCUGUGGACAAGAAGGAGAUUCUGUUGAUCGGACGUCUAAUUGUUGGUGCUGGAAUUGGGUUUGCCUCUAUGUCCGUACCUGUUUACGUUGCUGAAGCAGCUCCCUCUCACAUCCGGGGCUCUCUCGUCACCGUCAACCAGCUGUUCAUCACCGUGGGGAUCCUGCUCUCUAGUAUCAUCGCCGGGGCCUUCAGUACAGACAAAGAAAAUGGAUGGAGGUAUAUGUUGGGAAUUGCUGGUGUGCCCAGCGUUAUUCAGUUCUUCGGAUUCUUCUUUUUACCCGAAAGUCCAAGGUGGCUGGUGGGCCAAGGCCGUGUGGACGAGGCCACAAAAGCCCUGAAAAAAAUCCGAGGGCUGGACAAUGUGGAUACAGAGAUGUCGGAGAUAGAGAAGUCCGUGGAGGAGACCAAAGAACAGAAUAAAUACAAUAUGUUACAGUGUUUUGUUUUGAUGGUGAAAACACAGCCAGUCAGACGGGCCCUAGUGCUGGGUUGCACGCUCCAACUGUUCCAGCAGCUCUGUGGAAUUAACACUGUCAUCUACUACAGCGGAAGUAUUCUCCGAGUAUCAGGCUUUCCCUCCAGUCUUGCUAUUUGGUUAUCCUGUAUCCCGUUCACUGUUAACUUCCUGUGUACCUUUAUUGGAAUCUACGCCGUCGAAAAGGCUGGUAGAAGGGUCCUUACAUUGCUUAGUUUCAUAGGAAUCAUCAUCGCACUGAUUGUACUAGGCGCUGGCUUUCAGCUCUCUGAGAAAAAUUCUCCACCCAUCUCACUUCGCUUGGACAAUUCCUCGACUUGCCAUACUAAAUACGAUUCAUGUAACAGCUGCAUCAAAGACGAAAAAUGCGGCUUUUGUUGGCAGGAAGGCAUGGAGAGCACCGCCGGUUGGUGUCUCCACGUGUACACAGACCAUCCGGAGCGGUAUGCCGUGCCCGAGGGAAAUACCACCCACUACAACGAGUCGCUGUGUAACGCCACUAACUACGACACAGAGAAGUACAACUGGGCCAACGACUUCUGUCCCACCGACUACUCCUGGAUGGCUGUGCUCGGUCUGGCUUUAUUCGUCAUAGCCUUUGCUCCAGGUCUUGGCCCGAACCCUUGGACUAUCAACUCGGAGAUUUACCCUCUGUGGGCGCGAGGAACAGGAACCUCUUUAGCUACGUGUGUUAACUGGAUCGGCAAUCUUAUCGUCUCAUUCACCUUCCUCCUGCUGCUCAAAAACAUCACCACAUACGGCACAUUUUACCUUUUCUGUGGAAUCUCGUUUCUCGGCAUGUCAAUCCUGUUCUUCAUUUUACCGGAAACCAAGAACAAGACCUUAGAGGAAGUUGAGGAACUGUUCAUGUCCAAGGAAUACAAAGCCAAGAGGGAAGAGGAACAGAAGAAAAAGUACCAGUACGACAACAGCGGAUAUGUGGAUAGUUCCAAAAUGUAACGAACCGGAAAAAUAUAUCCCGGAUGUCAAACAUCUACAGCUUUCGUACGAUCUUACGCAGCUUCCGGUGUGUUGCGGUUCUCGAUACCCUUUUGUGCAAGACGUUAAAUGCUUUUGUAUAAUAUUGUUCGCUAGUUGAAAUAUGAUGCAUUUGUUCGUGGUGCGUAGUUAAGAAUUGGACUCAAAUUAUAGAAUCUUAGUUAUGAUUUCAGUUAAUCUGAAUCCAACAAGAACGAAACAAUGGGUAUAGUGACAUGUAGUUUAUUUCGUAACCUUUUUGUGUUGUGUGCGUCGGUCGAUUUAUAGUUUAGUAUAUUGUAAAUAUUAAUAUUGUACAGCAUAAUCUAGUUUAUAGAAACAUGAGCUUGCCUAUGUAUACUUUAUAUAUUAUGUUAUAUCUAUGUACUCUUGGAGACAUUUUGUUUGUGUAUAUAAAUUCAUCCUAUAAAUCAUAUUCAACAGUUUGAAAAUUAAAGUCAAUAUCAUAACAACAA